GCGAUAAUACCGUCGCACCUUGCUACUGGACCGCUAGUCUAGAGAUUGUGAGUAUAGAUCUUUGAUCACGUGAUUGCAGCUCAUACCGCACGCGCUCAUCACAUUGCUAUCGAACAUUGGGAUUUUGAAAUACGGGAUGAUAAAAUUGUGGGCACGCAAAAAAGUUGAGCAUUACGGAAGUUGGGAAGACUGAGGUCGUACUUAUGUUUCAAAACCUGUCGUGAUUGAGCAAGCUAUUUAUCAAUUUUUAUUUUAAAAAACUAUAUGCAAAGGUGACGCAUUUUUGUGUAUCUGAAAUUACGCUAAGAUCGUAUAACACAAAUUAAAACAUAUAUUAAUGCACAUUUGUCAUAGUAAAUGCUAUAUGCGUCAUUGACAGACUUAAAACGCCCAACGACCAAAGGAAAUUAACAAGAAUCUUCGUAGAACGGUAUUUACUAAAGCGAUAAGGGAUACUCAUCUUGUUCAAUGACGACCACCGUGAUUGUGAUGUUGGCGACACUUGCGCUAUGCGGGGCCUGCUUUAUACGUAACUGUCCGCCGGGCGGGAAGAGGAGCGUGGACCUCAUGGCAAGGGGGACGCUUCCGUGUCUGACAUGCGGUCCAGGUAACGAAGGCCAGUGCGUGGGACCCAAAACUUGCUGCGGACCGUUCGGCUGCUACAUGGGCACAGACGAGACGCUCGUGUGUCUCAAGGAGAACGAGCGCACCACCGCGUGCGAGAUCCGGGGCCAGUCGUGUGGAGCGCGCGCACAGGGCAACUGCGUAGCAGAGGGCAUAUGCUGUGAUUCAAAGGCAUGCGCGAUGAACGAUAAAUGUCGAACAUCCGGAGACGACACGAGCAGCGCAGAGUUACUGUCCUUGCUGAACAAAAUAUUGCAAGGGUCUGAUCUAGAAUGAUAGAUGUUCAGCAACCUAGCUACAGUAGCAUUAAUAAACUCAUUUGACAAACUUUAUUGUACUUAUCAAUAUUUCAAUAAAAUCCAAAUGUGGAACAGACAUUUUCAUCGUAGCAUACAUGCAUAGGAAGUUGGAAAUAAAAUGCUUCUAUAGAAUAUGCAUUUGAUCACUGAAGAUCAGAAAAUAUACUCAAUUAAUUAAUGAAAUGUGUGGUUUAGUUGGUCGUUUUUUGAGCUACUAAAAUCUGAUUAAUGAUAAAUAACUAUUCAUGUUUAACGUAUGUUAUAUUUCAUACAUCGAACAAAGUUCAAUUUAUUGCAAAGUACAUGUAAAUAAAACGAAAGAAAGGCAAAUUAACAUUCGUUAAAACAAAGUACAGCAGAGCUAUACACACACCUUCCGUUUAUUUCUUUUACACAACCCAUUUUAUUUCAGUAUAUGUGUUAACUAUUUAAACACAAAUUGAGUUGAUCAACUUUAUCAUACUUCAAUAAAGUAUUCACAGUCCAAGCGUGCUUUCGUAUUUUAUUGAAAUAACCAAAACAGGUCAAAGCAAAGUAAAUCUUACCCCCUGAUAACGUUUGGGUAUUGAAAUAUAUUAUAUUUCAUCGUCAUAAUCGCAGUUUGUGCUAAAAUAUCUAAGAUGUACAGGGAAACUAAUAUCAGAUUUGUGAGAGGUUUGAUAGAGAGAAAUGAUUGCCAUAGUAAAUCUUAUAAAACACACAGAUUUUCUUUUACUAGGAUCACAUCUGAACAAUUGUUAAUUAUAUAAAUACAGCAUAUAACUGCGAUGUUAAAUCGCAGAUCAAUAACAAGAUAAAGGUUGAAGAAUGUCACCCGAGUAGAGUUUACUAAUUGAUGAAUAUAGGGAUAAUACACGUUUUCGAGGGCAUGAUCAUCUG